AUGAUGACCUCCUACGAAGGACUCCGCAAACUGACCCUCGGCGAUAAGCCCGUCAUCAUCAAAUUCAAGUGUGCAGGAACCAACCUCAGAGUUCCCAUCAGCCAAGUCCCUGCCUACAAUGAGCUCUGUUUUAUUGUCCAGCGUCUCUUCCGUUCUGACGUAUCCUCGGACCUCGACAACCUUGUUCUGCGUUAUGAAGAUGAAGACGGCGACUUGAUUACCAUUCAGGACGAUGCCGAUAUAUCGCAUGCCAUCUCGCUGUCCAGUCUGCUGAAGCUGACUGUCAAUGACAAAAUCACACAUCCUGUGGUGGUACCCAUCGAGAACUUGGCGCCUAAAUUGGCUGGACUCAGCGAGAAGCAGACCAUUGCCGCAGUAACCGUUGCACUGGUUGACCUCCAGGACAAAAUCGGCAAGGUUUUGCAGGUGAUCCAAGCCCAGCACCCAACUGCACACUACCCCUCCGACAACAACAACUCGUCCUCCCAGGGAUACAAUGGCAACAACAAAGGCCUUGGCGCGAAGACCAAUGCUCAAGAUUCCAAGGCUGUGAACUCCAAGCCCUUCGUCCUGACCGAAGAUAUCCUUGAUCAGCUUCUGGAGCCUAGCAAAAACCUUCUUACAAGACAGGCUAGCGUCUCCAGUCAGUCAUCGUCGCUCCAGGUGGCCCGGUCUCCUCCUCUGAGAGCCCAAGGAACCCCUCAGCCCACUCUCUCAAAUGUCUCCAGCUACCUUUCCCAGCCACAGCAACAGCAGCAGCAACAACAACAACAACAACAGCAACAGCAACAGCAACAACAACAGCAACAGCAACAGCAACAGCAACAGCAACAGCAACAGCAACAGCAACAGCAACAACAACAACAACAACAACAACAACAACAACAUCAGCAGCAACAGUUGCCUCCUGCCCAGCCUUGGUCACCACAAGCCACACCGGUUCCUAACGGUGUAGCACAGGCCCUUUCUGCAAGCAAUCCUGCUCACCAGCAGCAGCAGCAGCAGCCACAGGAUCAAGAUCGCCAACAACAACAGGACCUCAGUCAGCUGAUUCUGCAACUCCGAGAACGUGAUAUGAAAGCCUACCAGCAACUGGAGCCCCAUCAGCAACAGCAACUCCAGCGGCAGCAGCAACAACAACAGGCGCAACUGCAAGCGCAAUUACAGCGGGAGCAACCACAACAGCAGCAGCAAGUGCAGCAGCAGCCUUAUCCCCAACAUGGGCCAGGGAAUGUCCCCCAGCAGCAGCAGCAGCAGCAGCAGCCAGUUCAGCCACAGCCACAGCAACAACAGGUGCAAUACCAGCAGCAACCACUUCAGCAGCAGCAGCAACAGGCUACUCCUCAACAGCCACUGAACCAGAAUCAAUUGCAGGGGCAACAGGGCCAAGGCCAACAACAAUCCCAAGCUGCACCCUAUGGCCAGCAGCAAACUCCGGUUCAACAACAGCCGUCUCAACAAGCUCAGCAGCAGCAGCAGCAACCUCAGCCUCUGCAACAGUCUCAGCAGCAGCAGCAGCAACAACCUGGGUACUCACAACCUUCGUAUGCACCCAGUCCAUUCGUCCCCCACCAGCAGCAGUUCGCUCACCACGGACCUUACAGCCCCGCGACUCCACAUGGAGCACCCUUUGGCAGGUCGAACAGUGUCUACCAGCCCCAGGCCCAGCAAGGUGGACCUCGUCAGGCAGUACCUCAACAGCAACAGCAGCCACAGCAGCAACUUCCCAAUGCUCCUAUGAACCAGGCCUACUGA